AGUCGGCUGCUCCGUAACUCGAUCACUGUGACCGGCCUCCCGAGCCACCGAGGAGCCGCGAGGGUGGGCAGCCGCGCAGUGACAGCAGCCGCCUAGGUAGGGGCGGAGGAGAAGGGGAGGCGAGCGUGGGCUGUGGACCGGGACCUCGGAGGAGCUGGGACACGGACCCCUGCAGAGAUGCUGUCUCCCUGACUGGAUAUCAGAUGUCCCAGUAUUCCUGCCUGACAGCUUUUCCUCUGAGCUGACCGCAUCCCUCCUGCAUACCGUCGUCCCAGUGAGAUGAUGAAGGGAGAAGCUAGAAGAAUGCAACACAGUGACAAGCCAAAGCAGGAGGGACACAUCUGGGGCUCCAUGAAGAGGACAGCUUUCAUCUUGGGCUCUGGCCUUCUCUUGCUUGUGGCCUUCUGGAACUCAGUCACAUGUCUUCACCCAGAAACCUCUAUGACUUCUCUUCCAAGGCAUCUUCAGAGAUUCUGGGGCGCUUCUGGCUAUUUUUGGCAAGCCCAGUGGGAGAGGCUGCUGUCGACAUUCGAAGGGAAGGAGUGGGCCCUCUACAUUAUAGGUGCCACCCAAGUACCAGUUCUGUUCUUCUGGGCCUUCAACGGGCUUCUGCUGGUGGUUGACACAACCGGAAAACCUAACUUCAUCUCCCGCUACCGAAUUCAGGUUGGCAAGAAUGAACCAGUGGACGCCGAGAAACUACGCCAGUCUGUCCGCACAGUUCUCUUCAACCAGUGCGUGAUCUCUCUGCCCAUGCUGGUCUUCCUCUAUCCCAUCCUCAAGCUGCGGGGAGACCCCUGCCGCCGAGAGCUACCCACCUUCCACUGGUUCCUCCUGGAGCUGGCUAUCUUCACUCUGAUUGAGGAAGUCCUGUUCUACUACUCGCACCGGCUCCUUCACCACCCAGCAUUCUACAAGAAAAUCCACAAGAAACACCAUGAGUGGACAGCUCCCAUUGGCGUGAUCUCGCUCUAUGCCCACCCUAUCGAGCAUGUGGUCUCCAACAUGCUGCCGGUGAUGGUGGGUCCCCUAAUAAUGGGCUCCCACUUGUCCUCCAUCACCACGUGGUUCUCCUUGGCCCUCAUCACCACCACCAUUUCCCACUGUGGCUACCACCUACCUUUCCUGCCUUCACCUGAAUUCCAUGACUACCAUCAUCUCAAGUUCAACCAGUGCUAUGGGGUGCUGGGGGUGCUGGACCACCUCCAUGGGACCGACACAGUGUUCAAGCAGACUAAGGCCUACGAAAGACAUAUCCUCCUGCUGGGCUUCACCCCACUGUCUGAGAGCAUCCCGGAUGCCCUGAAGAAGAUGGAGUGAGAGAGGGCCCCAGGGCCAUCCUGGCUUUCCCCCUCAGUAGACUGCUUCGAUGGCCUGAGGCAUUCUGACUGCACCAAACUUGCUCCUCCAGCCAUUCACUAAUGACAGCACCACUGGGGCAGGGGGUUAAAUCAGCUUCCCAGAAAAGCAGGCCAAGGAUGGGGUCAGGGCUCCCCCAGCUGCCCCUGUUGUCCCUCAGAAGGAACAAGAAGUUGGCUUAAGGAAGGGGGUAAAACAGCUCCCCAGAAUGGAGGCCAGUGAGAAGAAACCACUUUUUAGAGCGGUCCUGGUGAGUCCCUCUGGUCGUUUGCUGAGGAAGGGAAAAGAUGACCCCAGAUGACCUUUUUAUGACCUAGACAAGAUACAGAGAAUGCAAAAGUAGCGGUGAGAUAGGAAGCUACUGCCAGCUCUGGGAGAUCUCCUCCGGGUGCCAGGGGGUGAGGGAACCAGAAGGGAUUACUUUGCCCCUUCCUGUCGCUAAAAGCUUUUCUCAAAUCCUACUCUGGCCAGGGCCAGGACACCCUCAUUUCCCAAACACACAAACACACAGUCAGCUAACACAGGCCCCAUUUCAACUCUGCCCCAUUACAAACAUCAUCCCUCUGUGAAAAGAAAAAAGCCUAUCACAGAGCGCCCCUCCCUGGAUGAAAACCGGGAUAUCAAACAGAUGCACACCAACUCCCAUCUUCAGUCAGAUGUGGAAACAGAAACCACAGGCCAAACCCUGCUGACCUGCUAAGCUGGCGGUCCUUUUAUCCACAGAAGGGAGGGUCAGAGUUCCUGACCUUUGGGGACACCCAACUGAGGGGGCUAGAACCCUCUCAGAAAAGGCAAGAAAAACAUGGCUGACCAAAGGGCAAAACCCUUUUCCUUCCCCCAGAUGAUUAACCAGUUGUCUCAACACCAUUUAUUUCUAAUGAAACUUUGUCAGGAACCUUAUUAUCUGAAACAAAACCAAAGACCUGCGUGGGCUGCAGCAGUCCCCGGCCUGGCCUUACCUUAGCAGCCAGACAUUGUCAGGAACCCUGCAGCUCCCAAGGACAAUCUGAAGACCACCAUUAUCAGUUACUAAACUCUUGUUCUUUGGACUUUCAGCUGUCAAGAAAACCAUCCGUUGUUUUAUUAACCACCUUAAUACUAGAUGGAGCCAAGUCUCCAGGCAGAUCUAAGACUCCUUCCUUCCUAUCAGCCCUACAACUCCAGACCUGCCCAGUACACCAACUGGGCACUUACCAGUGUCCUCCUUGGCCUUCAAAACCCCACCCACCCCAUCCCCUAGUCUGACCUUGGUGGGCCUGGCCCCAUCCCCAAAACACCCAUGCCCUGAGCUGCCGCAGCUGCUAACCCGCACGCGCAACCUAUUCUUACAAGUAAACACUUAGGAAACAGCCCAUCUUCAGUAUACUUAAUAGGGUAGGGAAUGAGGAAUGUGGAGGAGGAGGAAGAAUAGAUGCCUUUCUUCCUGUGAGGGCUUUAGACUUUGAGGUACUUAGAGGGUCAAGAGGCUGACAGUCUCUCAUACCUUUUGGCAGCCAGGUGUCUGGGCUCUGAAAGAGGGGCCUGGGCCCGUUCUCUUCUUCAAACAGAAUGGCCCGGAGGUUGGUGAACAAGUGAGACUUACAAAAAGGCAGACGUCACCAAAUUCCCAAUAGACCUUGUGAGGGUGAAAGUGGAAGGCAUGGAAAAUAAACUGAUCUCUUAAUUCCA